ACUCAGGCAACACUGAAGACAUUUCGCCACUUACGAAAUGUGUUGUUCGUCAGCAAAAUAAUCUUUGAAAAAUUAUUUGUCAACGAUUAAAUUCAUAGUAUUUGGUAAAUACAUCAUUGUGGAUACAGUGCCGCUAUAUAUUAAGUAUAUAAAAUGGGUGGUAAACCCAAACAAAGUCAGAGGACGAAGAAUAAUGUCAAACCAUCAAGCAGUGGACGCAGUGCAGAAAUAAUAAAUUCAGCAAAAAUAGACACAAAUCUAGUAUGUGUUGGAGGAGGGAAGAUUUUGCCUGCUCUGUUCCCUACUCUAGCUGCAUCCGCUAGCAUGGAGAAUGAUAUUGAUCCAGAAUUCCAGAUGUGCAUUAAAAAACUUAAUAAAAAGGAUCCCAUUACUAAAACUAAGGCUUUACAAGAACUAACAGAGUUGGUGAACAACAGCAAAGUGGAUGAUGUGGUAGCGAUGCUACCGAGCUGGGCACAUUAUUACAAAAUGUUGUCCUUUGACCUGGACCGGAAAGUGCGCGAGUACACUCAGGCGUGUCACGGCGCGGUGGUGGGCGCGUGCGGGCGGCGCGCGGCGCCGUGGCUGCGGCGCGUGGUGCCCGCGUGGCUGCUGGCGCUGCACGACGCGCACGCGCCCGCGCAGGCGCACGCCGCGCGCGCGCUCGCCAAAACUUUCCCUGACAAUAAACUGCCUGACGUGAUAUCGUUCUGCAAGACAGAGAUACUGACUCACAUCGUAGACAAUCUGAUGUCAAACCCUGAUUCAGUGUUGAGUAAAAAGAUAGAGAACGCGGAGGACAAGGAGGCGCAGUACAACUGCAUCGUGUCGAGCAGCCUGCGCGGCCUGACUCUCCUCACGCAGCGGCUGGCGCCCGCGCACCACGACUGGCUCUGGGAACAACUCGACCAACUGCUCUUCCACCACAACUCCUUCUGGAAACUCGCCUCGCACAACUACCACCAGAUACGCGCCGCGUGGUAUGAAACCAUCAGUCAUAUAAUAGAGCGGUUCAAAGGCGUGUUCGGCGACAAGUACGGACAGAAGACGUUGCGCAUCCUCAUGGGCGCGGGCAAGGACUCCAACGCGUCCGUCGCCGCGGGACUCUGGAACUGUCUCGUCAUGAUCAUGCACAAUGUUGAGGGUUGGCACACAUACCUGGACAAGAAACAGCUCAUCGUCAAAAGGAUAAUAGAUGUGUUAGAAAAUGGCGGGUGGGGCGACACCAAGCACCUGACGAGCAUCUUGCUGCCGCUGCUCGCGAGUCUGCCCGAACACCUCCUCACCAAGGAGUUCUACGAAUCCUUCUUCAACGCUAUGUUUACUGGCCUUGAAAAAAAAUCUAUUUUAAGUUCAAAGAGUGAACGGCAGCUGUGGAUUGCUAAUUUAGCGGAAUGUCUGCGAUAUCUGUCGAUCCGACAAAAUGACUUCGUGGUGGAAGUGACGACUAGCGUGCACAGAAGUUGGCUCGAGAUGGCGCUGAGUACCGAACACGCGGGACAGCUGCGCAACAACCUGAUCAAAUUUUCUGCUACAAGCAUGGCCUCUCUCGUCAAAUAUUGGCUCAAACAGUCCAAAGAACCCAACGGAGAGAAGUACGACCAGCUGGUGAGGAACUUCUGGCAGAACAUCGCCUCGAAGCUUUCCACGCAAAUCGACAAACUAUCCUCUGAAGAGGAGGAUAUCGCUCGCCACAUCGACGGACAUGUUUUACUGCUGCAGACAUUAAAGAUAUCUUUUCUACACGAACCAAAGAAAGCUCAAAGUAUUAAGUUUGAAGAUUCUGAAGUUAUGGUUCAACGAGAGACGGCCAGUCCAGAAAAAUGUGAUCCGACAAUAGUCGAGCGUUUCAAACACAACCUAGAGAAUGUGGUGCAAAAUGUAUGCUAUCAAUAUCUUCAGUUUGCUGGAGAGAAAAAAUUGGUGAAUGCGGUAUUAACGCCCUUAUUGAGUCUUCUAAUAGAGUUCAAUCAGAGGGAGGUGUUGCUGGCUGUGGCGAGGCAGUUCGAUGUCGACUCGCUGAGCAAGUUUUACGAGAAAGUGUUCAGAGAGUGGUUGUUCGACGAAGCGCUGCGGUGCAAGGUGGUGGUGGACGUGGUGUUCCUCAUGUUGCAACACAUGACCGAAGAGGAACAGGAAGCCACGCUGGAUUCUUUUAACCAGUUCCCGGUGUCGGUGGCGGAGUGGUGCCUGGCGGUGUCGCUGUCGCACCCGCACCGCGCGCGGCGCUGCGUGCGGCGCUGGGUGCGCGGCGAGGCGGCGACGCGCGCGCUGCUCCGCGCCUGCGCCGCGCUCGUCACGCACGACGGCGCCAGCACGGGCGCCAGCACGGGCGGCGCGCGCAACCUGCUGCUCAUGUGCUUCUCGCACGACGACCGCGAAGAAUUAAUAAUCAGCGCAGACGCAGUGACUCGUAUAGUACAGUUGGUGAGCACGGCAUUACGGGAACAAUCUUCUGCCUGCCUGGAGCAGCUGUCCCGGCUGGGAGCUCAGCUGGCGUCCGCGCUGUUGAUACGGGCCGACACACAUCACGCCGCGCCGGAUCUGCUCAUAGAACUGAUCGGAGUCACAUUGAGGGUACCUCGCGGCGACAGUCGGCUGAGCGUGGACACGUGGUGCGAGCUGCGUUCGUCGGCGCAGGACGGCGUGGCCGCUCUGCCGCCGCAGCAGCGCGCGCGGCUGCUGCGGCGCGUCGCCGCGCUCCACGACCAACACGUGCGCUCGCGCAACAACAAAAACCCAAAAAUAUGCAUAGACAAAAUCGAACAGAUCUGCUCUCUCAGCCCGUACAUCUUGACGGCGAACUCGCGGUUGCCCGAGGACCUAGCAGAAAUAGUAAUGUUCACCAAAGCUCUCUUGGAAGUGGAAGCACCUUCCAUAGAGUACUACGCGGUGCGGUACGACUGCGUCCACUCCAAGCUCAACUGCCCUUUCGACGACGAUAAUGAUAUCAUAAAGCGAGUGGCGCAAGACAGUGACGACGCGGAGCUGAGCAAGAGUGACCUGGUGGCGUUCAUGAACAGCUUGUUACUCCGCGCCAUGUACUUGAGGACGUUGUUCCUCCACAAGCCCGACGACGAGGAGGACGAGCCAACGUGGUGCGAGCGACUGCUCUCCGAACAAUACUUCCAGACAGAGUUCUGCAAAGUUCUCUACGAUUAUAUGAUCGUUUGUACCCUGCAUGAGGGAUAUGGAUUCUGGCCACACCACAAGAUACUCCGUGACGGCAAAGCUAAGUUAGACAUGCUAUUAGAUGACAUUAUCAACGAGACAUCGACCACUCUGCGCAACACAAUACAGUGCCAGUUAUCCCAUUCAGCUGCUGCUACAGGUUACUACUGGUCGUACGCGCGGCGCCACUACGAGCUGCGCGCGCGCGUGGAGCCCGCCGCGCUCGGCGCGCGCGCGCUGCCGCACGGCGCCGGCGACCUGCAGCUCGCGCAGCUGCGGGACAUCGUCACCGGCAACGGCUUCUUCCACACCCUACAGGCGAACCUGCAAGGCUCGACCGACGCGCAGAGCGACGCGCGUGCGCAGUACCUGGUGAUGGUGCGCGCGCUGGCGGCGAGCGCGUCGCGCGCGGGCGAGCUCGACCGCGUGUUCACGUGCGAGCUGCUCGCCAACUGCGCCACCUGCCACCUCGACAUGCUCGUCAACGCGUACUACAGGCAUAACCAUCUCAUGCUGUUCGACACCGACAUAUCGCAAGCGCCAUGGCACGCGGCGGUAUGCAACGCGGCGGCGCUGGAGUACUUGACGACGCUGGUGACGCGCGAGGGCUGGGACUUGCCCGCGCACCACUGGGACUUCAUCAACAUCGCCUGCUGCUCCGUAGCCACCUCACUUGAGAAGUCCAAGGACGCAUGGGGCACUACCAAAGUGAGCAUGGUGGCGCGCUCUCUCCUGCGGCUGUACGUGGCAGUGCACACGUUCGUGGCGUCCGUGCCGGCGCAGUGCGAGAAGCAGGAGCCCGCCGCCCACGUGGCCGCGCUGCCUGAAGAGUGGCGCGACAUCUUCGAGCCCAGCGUGCACGACAGCCUCUUCCAUCUCAUGCUGCACGUGCUGCAGUCAGACAGCGCGGCGCCGACGUGUCCGCGCGUGGCCGUGCUGCACGCGCUGGCGCAGGGCUCGGCGCACCUGGACUGGAGCUGCCUGCCGAAGCCGUCGCAGCUCGACGUGUUCGCGCUGUCCCGCGUGUGCGCGCGCGCCGCCGAGUGCCUCGCGCGGCCGGUGCACGUCGCCUACAAGUACCUCGCCUACCACCUGCUCGCCAUGCUCGUCGACCCGCUCAUACUCGAGGACAUGGGCAAGUUGUCGAUGUGGAGCGAACAGACGUCGGGCGUGGGUCAGGAGGAGUACGACCGGCCCAAGCUCGCGCUCGAGUACUUCGACGAGCAGCUCGACUACCUGCUCGACAUCGUCAACGAGGUCGUCGCAAAUGUCCAGCUCGGCGAGGGCGUGUGCGAGGUGACGCCGUUCUCGGACAGCCACUCGUCGUGCGUGGGCUGGCUGCUGCUGCUGCGGCUCAGCCACAAGCUGUUCGCGCGCGCGCGCUCCACCGUCGCGCUGCACUACCUCGAGAUAUACCGGAUCAAGAACUUCGCGGAGCCGGUGCUGAAUGCUGCCCUGCGACUGUUACCUGAAGAAGUAUUCACAUACACGGAGGACAACGUCGGCACCACGCCCGUGCCUACCCAGUACACUGACAUGUUCUUCCACAACACGCCGCUGGAUAUGUAUGCGCCGGUGAGCAGCAGCGUGGUGAGCCAGCUGGCGUGCGGCGCGGUGUGCGCCGGCGUGUCGUGCGCGGCGGGCGGCGCGCGCGCGUGGUGCGCGGCGGCCUCGGCCCCGCGCGCGCGCGCCCUGCGCCGCCUCGCGCGCGCCUUCCUCGCGCCCACGCUCGUGCGCGACCACUUCGCACGCGUCAUGCGCGCCGCGCCCACCUUCACCAACGCCGUCAUAACUACCUAUUGGUCGACGUACGAGGUGGUGUGCGUGUACACGGUGGAAGACCAUCCGAUUGAACUGCACAUCGCUCUGGCUAAAGACUACCCCAUCGGCGUGGCCAACGUGUACACGCCCUCGCUGCCGACCCCUGGCGCCGACACCAACUGGGUCGCGCUCUACCUUGCGCAUCAGAACGGUUCAGUGGUGGAGGCGGUGCGCAUGUGGAUGGCGGGCGUGGAGACGCGCGUGGAGAACUCGCCCGUGUGCUACAUCUGCUACGCGCGCCUGCAUCCCAGCUCCGGCAAGCUGCCGCGCCUCGCCUGCCACCAGUGCCACAACAAGUUCCACGCCUCCUGUCUCUCGAAGUGGUUCACAACAAGUUCGAAGUCGAGUUGCCCGCUGUGUCGCGCACAGUUCUAGCACGAGCGAGCGGCCGGCUUGUUCCGCGCCGCUCCGCACUACUAACCGGCGCACGCGCACUCUGUGCGACUGCGCGCCCGAUACUGAUACCGACUGCUGUGGAGUGAAGUCAACUGCUAUAUAUUGUGUGGAUGUUGGCUAUUGUUGAAAACGUAUUGUAAAUGGAAGAAACAUAACUCGAAUAUCGUUUAACAUGACAGAUAUAACAAUAACAAAUACUUGUCAAUAUUAAGCAACGGCAUGGAAUAUUAUCUACAAAAUUCCCUUUUGUGAGAAAGUAACAAGAGACUCUUUACUAAAUACUUGAAAAGAUAAAACACAAUGCAAGUAAAUACUUCUUGAGUCAACAUCCUAUUACAAGACUUUUGGCAACGAAUCUAAAAAUUACAGAGUGAUAUAAUUAUUUAAUUAUUCUAAAGUAUAAUGUUUAAAAAUAACGGCGCGGAUAUAAUUCGGUUUUUCUUACCUGCCUUGUAUUGUAAAUAUUGUACUAGAUAGCAAAUAUUAUGUAUUUGUAUUAAUAUUUUUGUAUGUAUACUUUUUCAUGAAUUUGUUUUACACUUCGUUAUAUAUGAUAGUAGUAUAUAAAUAAACGAAUGAUAUUAUUUUACUGGUGAUAUUAAGACAAACAAAACGUAGAAUGGUAUGCCCGACGUGUGAGCGGAGUUACGCCGUUAAGGUAUUAUUGACUGGAAAUUUACGGUUGGAAUAAAAUUUAUGUAUCGAUGUACUUGGGCAAUACUAUAAUUAUUAAGAUUAUAUUAUUAAUCAUGUUAUAUUGUAAGACGGUUAAGAAAAAACGAAUAAUAGUGUAACGUGUAAGGAAGUGAGUGAGUCAGUCAGACAGACAACAUGUAGUGUGCGACCUGACAGUACCGGUAAAGUAUGCUCAUGAGCACAACAUGGAUUCCGAGAGGGUACUGCUCUGUCACCGAUUACACUGUACACAUUUUGUACGGCCGUGAUUCAUUUUAAAUAGUAUAUUGUUGUUAAAUAUUGUACAUUAUAGCAGUUUAUGAGUCCGCUUAAUUAUGGUUUGUAUCAGUUAUCCGUUGUAGUGACACUCAGGCGCAGAUUUACAUGUGUAGUUUGAAAAUAAUUAUUGUUAUUCUAAUUGGUUCACUAAUGACACCUUGGUUCCAUUACUACUUGGAUAUUUUCGUAUACAUAAUUAAUUAUUUAUUACAUUUUCUAUAUCCUGAUAGUGUUGAUCGUGUAAAUCAAACUACAAUAUGUUUAAUAAAUUGUAUAUACGAUAAUAA